CAACCAAAAUGAGAAACUAUAAAAGAAAAACAGAAAGAGGUACAACUAGUAAAGAAGUUUAUGAAUCUGCUGCAGCAGAAGUACUGCAGAAUAAAACGAGCAUUCGUAAAGCAAGCGAGAUGUUUAAUUUGUGUCCGAUGUCCUUAUCCAGGUAUGUCAGAAAAACAAAAAACAACGAAAGUUGUUCUUUGGGUUACGUUAAACCUAGAUUGGUAUUCUCAGAAGAAACAGAACAUAAAUUAGCUUCUUAUCUACUCAAAAGUUCAGAAAUAUAUUUUGGUUUACUACCAACAGAAGUACGCAAACUAGCUUAUCAAUGUGCUCUAAAACUCGAUUUAAAAAAUAUUCCCCCCAGCUGGCAUAAAAAUAAUACGGCUGGGCCGGACUGGUUUAAAAGUUUUAUGGAUAGAAAUCCUCAACUAUCUCUACGAACACCAGAAGCUACAUCUUUGAGUAGAGCAACAUCGUUCAACAAAACCAACGUUAAAGAUUUUUUUGACAAACUGCAAGGCUUGUUCCAAAAAUAUGAAUUCACUGCUUCAAGAAUAUGGAACGUUGACGAAACAGGUGUCACGACGGUACAGAAGCCUAAAAAAAUAGUUGCUGCCCGGGGUCAAAAACAGGUCGGUGCGAUCACAUCUGCCGAAAGAGGGACACUUAUUACUCUUGCAUGUGCCAUAAAUGCUGCUGGGAAUUCAGUUCCACCGAUGUUCGUGUUUCCCAGAAUGAGAUACACGGAUCUUUUUCUUCGUACUGGACCAGUAGAUGCGAUUGGAGCGGGAAAUUCUUCGGGAUGGAUGACAGAAGUAGAAUUUUUAAAAUUUAUGGAUCAUUUCAUUCAACAUGUCAAGCCUUCUGCUGAACAGCCCGUUCUGCUCCUUUUGGAUAACCAUAGCUCACACGUAAAUUUUCAUGUCGUUGAGAAAGCCAAAAUAAACAACAUAAUCAUGCUGUCAUUUCCACCGCACUGCUCUCACAAUUUACAACCAUUAGAUGUAGGAGUUUAUGGUCCUUUUAAAAACCACCUUAAUCGAACACAGACUGCCUGGAUGUAUAAUCAUCCAGGAAAAACCAUGACGAUUCAUGAUCUUCCUGCCGUGGUGAAAGAUUCACUGCCUUUGGCCCUAAAUCCUGCAAAUAUCAUGAGUGGAUUCAGAUCAACAGGGAUAUGGCCCUUCAAUCCUGACAUUUUUCAAGACAGUGACUUUUCGCCUUCUUAUGUCACUGAUCGCCCUAAUCCUGAAACAGAUUGUCCCAUGACUUCGCAGAACAUCUCCAAUUUGACACUAGACCUGGAAAAUCCAGAAUUGUUAGAUUCUACACCUCAACUGAACAUAAGCACCACUGAAAUCAUACAGGCAAUAGAAACAGCAACAAAUCCAAUGCCUGACACUACUAAAAAUAUUCCUAUUUCACCUUGUCCAAAUCCCGUUAGUUCGCAAGAUACAGAAUGUUUGACUACAUCACUGACUCAAAAAGAAAAUGAAAUAGAAUUGUCGAUACCAGGUCCAUCUGGUAUACAAAGUAAAUUUGAAAAUUUUUCACCUUCAAAAAUAAGACCCUUUCCUAAAGCAGUAGCUCGAAAACAAUCUAUCAACAGUCGUCGUAAACGCAAAUCCACUGUGCUAACCGACACACCUGAAAAAGACUCAUUAAAAAGAGAGUAUGAAGAAAAACUGGCAAAGACCAAAAAAACGUGUGACAAAACUAAAGGAAAAGGCAAAGGCAAAGGUAAAGGAAAAGGAAAAGGUAAAGGAAAGUCCUCGAAAAUGAGCGAAGAAGGAAAAGAAAAGGUGAAGAAAAAAAUUUUGGUUUCCGAUUCAGAUUCUGAUACUGAUGAAUGGUUUUGUUUAGUGUGUAGCGAAAGUUAUAGCACCUCGAUAAAAGAAGAUUGGGUAGAAUGUUUAGAAUGCAAAAUGUGGGCCCAUGUCAAAUGUGUAACGGGGAAUGUUUGCUCAUUCAUUUGCAUUAAUUGCAAUUCUGAUGAAGACUGAUUUAAUAUUUGUGUGUGAUAUUGUUACCUACCUCUAUAAAAAUUACUAUAUAUCUUUCUAUAAUAUAAGUGCAUUAAAAAUGUUAGAAUCCAAAGUAUUUUAGUUUGCCAAAAGUUU